AGAAAUGCACACCGGAAGUCGUCGGGGGAAAAUGUCAGCGCCAUGAAGCGAAUUGUAGCAACGUGAUUUGGCCAAUAUCACACUUUUUUUCAUCUAUACACUUAAGAUUAUGGUAAAGCUGACUCUAAUGUAUGAAAUGUGAAUUGGAUAAGUGUCCUUCAUACAGAGGUAUACUAAAUUGUAUUUUCGGAGCCGCUUCAACCAACAAUCUUCUUUGCUUCGGAAGCACGCUGAAAGCCAGCCUUCGUGUUUCAGUCACUACACCAGACCACAUUGCAGAAGUGAAGUGCCAGGCAAUGGCGUCGUUUAAACCUACGAAAAUCCCACUGGUCCAGCAUCUUGGAGAGAAAGUCACAGAGGACACUCGCUACUGGAAGAGUUUCAAAACCACAGUGCAGGUGAAGGAGUUCGGUGCCAUCUCUAAGAUUGACUUUUCUCCACUGCCACCCCACAACUAUGCUGUUACUGCGUCUACCAGGGUUCAGAUAUACGGGCCACACUCACAGGAGCCCCAGCGGAGUUUCACUCGCUUCAAAAGCACAGCGUAUGGCGGGAGUUUCCGUGGCGACGGGCAUCUCCUGGUCACUGGGAGUGAGGAGGGGCUGAUCCGCUUGUUUGAUGUUGGGGGGCGAGUGGCCCUCCGCCAGUACUCAGGACACAGCAAGGCAGUGAGAGUGACAUCAUUUCUGUCGGACGGCUUCCGCAUCGCGUCGGGCUCUGAUGACCUCACGUGUCGCGUGUGGGAUGUGUCAACGGAACAGGAGCUGCUGCGCUUCAGCGAGCACACUGACUACAUCCGAGCUCUCGCCACCAGCGCACGCAGCCAUGACCUCUUCAUCACCGGCUCGUACGACCACACGGUGCGUGUGUAUGACGCCCGGCUGGAGAAGUGUGUGAUGAGCAUGGAGCACGGACAGCCAGUGGAGAGUGUGUUACUCUACCCCUCGGAUGGGCUGCUUGUGUCCACAGGUGGGCGCUAUGUGAAGAUCUGGGACAUGCUUAAAGGCGGCCAACAGCUGGUGUCUCUGAAGAAUCAUCACAAGACCGUCACGUGUGUGUGUAUGAGUGAGCAGUCCAACCGCCUGCUCACAGGAUCACUCGACAGGCAUGUGAAGGUGUAUAACUCCUCCUAUAAGGUGGUCCACAGCUUUGAAAAUGCUGCAUCUAUUCUCAGUAUGGCUAUUUCACCAGAUGAUGGUGUUCUGGCUGUGGGGAUGACCAACGGAGUCCUCAGCGUCCGCCACAGGAAGUCCUCAAUGGAGAAACAGGAGGCGGACAGGAAGAGGCGGGCCCCAGCCUACCGUGUGUUUGUUAAGGGCAGGAAUUACAUCCCCAAACAGGAUGACUUCCUGGUGAAGAAGUCUGCUGCCCUGCAGUACCUCAGCAAACACGACAAACACCUCAAGAGCUUCUCCGUGACCAAAGCCCUCGACUCUGCACUAGAGAUGUCAAUGCGCAAACGCAAGCCGGAGGUGUGUGUAGGGGUGCUGCAGGAGCUGGAACGCAGAGGAACGCUGAAGAACGCUCUCUCAGGCCGAGACGAGAAGAGCCUCGUACAACUGCAGAGGUUUCUCCUCAAGUUCAUCACUGACCCACAGUUCUCUCCCAUCCUGCAGAAAGUGGCUGAUAUGCUCAUAGACAUCUACCAGGCGGUGGUGUGUGAGUCCGUGGUGGUGGAGCGUCUGUUCCAGGAGCUGCUGGACUGCGUGUCUCGGGAGGUGGACUACCAGCGCGACCUGAUGCAGGUGCUGGGAAUGCUGGACACACUCUUCGCCUCCUCCACCCCCUGCUCCAGGGUCAUGACCUCUCUCAGCCCUGCCUCCAGGGUCACGACCUCUCUCAGCCCCGCCUCCCUCAUGACCGCACCGCUGGCAGAGCCUCAGAUGCAGCCUGCGUGAUGGCCCAUGAUCCUCUCUGGCAAGGUCAUGUGACCAUACUGUGGACUAUGAGUGAGAGAGAGAGGCACGGAGAGGGUGACGCCAUGGCAACAGCUCAGGCUCCAUCUGGCAGAGGAGGAUGAAGAAGAUGAGGAAGGUGGAUGAGUGCCUGUGCCGUCAUGUGCUCAUGCUGCCCUAUAUUGGCUAAGAUCGUACGUGUGUGUGUGACUGUACAUGUGUGUGUGUAUGUGUACAUGCAUACGGUUUUCGUGUGUGUGUGUAUGUGUACAUGCAUAUGUUUUUUUGUGUGCG